GAAAUUCAAGGAAUGUGUUACGAUGUGAAAAUUACACUACUGCUAUUGUAGUAAUUGUUUUCAACUUUUCAAAGAUAAUUUAUUUGGUAGAUACAAUAUUAUUGUUUAUCGUUGCCAUGGCGCCCAUAUGAAACUGUGCGCAAGCAGAAGCUGGGUGUAUGUAUCUGCGUUAAACCAUGGUGAAACAUAUUGAUGACAUUUUAGCACAGAUUGGAUGGGCUGAAGGAUUUAGAGUACCAGGAGCAAAUGAAGAGAAUAAAGCUCUCGAGGAGGAGGUUGAAAAGAAGCUAAAGGAAAAAGCUAAGCUUUCAGCCUGCUCUGAUGAACUGAACGACAAAAUAAAUUCCUUGAAGAAACAGGUCCAAACACUAAAUGACGCUUAUAAUCAGAAUCAGGCUCUUAUAACAGCGAAUCAAAGACAGUUACAGACAGAAGAUGACUUAUAUAGGCUAGCAAAAGCAGAAGAUGAGAGACUGCAACUUUUGAUGAAGGACAUUAACAAAAACCUCGAGGAUUUAGAAGAUCGUAUAAAUUCUAUGCAAAAUGACAUUGUUCGCAACACAGAUAAACUUGAAAAACUCAAAUCAAAUAUUAAGUGGGAUAAAGAAUCUCUCACAGCAUGGGAAGAACAUGUGGCAAGAAAAGAGGAAGACAAUAUCAUGCUCAGCAGAUAUACUAUUGAAGAUGAAAGUAAAGCAAAGGAAAUGGAGUUAAAGCGACAAAAUCUACGAAUGGAAGUAGAAGAAAAGAAAAAGAUGGUAAUGGCAGCAGUAAAUGAUGUUGGCUCAUUAGAAAAGAGUGUGGAAAGAACAGCUGAAUUGUUUCGAAAGUUGCACCAGGAAAGACAAGAGCUUAUUGACCAGUGGGAAGCUUCUGUCCGCAUUCUUCACCAGCGUGAUCAUGACAUCAGCGGAGUAAUGGAGGAAAUGAACUUAAUGCGAAUAGAAGGAAGAGAAAAGUUAUCACUUCUAGAAGAACAAAAAAAUUUUUUUGAGAAUGAAGUGAGCAAUAACAAAGAACUGGAGCACCAAAUAUCUCUUGUUAAUCAAAAAUUGUCCAUACGUAGAGAUGAGAGUGCGAAGCUUGCACAGGCACUGGAGGAUUUGAUGGGUGAGUGUCUUAUCGUACGAAGGACCCUGUCAGCAACAGGAACACAACUGGAUAAUCAGAGAUCAAGGAAUACUCAGCUUUGCCUUGAAAAGGAAUCAAAGCAAAAUCGCAUUGAUGAACUGAGGCUUGUUACUUCACAGCUCAAGAAGCGAUUGGAAAAGGCAACUGAUCGCACCACAACUGCAACGGAACAAGCUAAGAGCCUGGAGGAAAUGAUUGAGGCUGAAGAACGAGCAUUGCAUGCUAUGGAACGAGAAAAUGCUCGUGCACGAGAUGUUUUGUUUCGUGUACGAUACAGAAUAAAUGACCUUGCACAACGUAAGGAGCUACAGGAAUCAGAAAUUAAGUGUGUGCAGUCUUCUAAAGCCCAAAUACACCAACAGACUCAAAAUUUAGAAAAGGAAGCUAUUCGCCAGGAAGAAAUACUGUAUGGUUUGGACUAUGAAGUGCAGCGGCUAGAAUCCCGAAUAGCACGAAUGAAAGGCAAGACUGAUGAAGAGUCCAGAGCUGCUGAGGAUGAAAAACUUAAUGAAAUGCGCAAGAUUUUGGAUGAGAAGACAGAGAAAGUGACUGUGUUGACUGCAGAGGUCCAGAGAGUUGAUAAGAGUGUUCAUGGACUGACAACUGAGGUUACCAAGCAUACUGCAGAACUAGAAAGGUUACAGGGAAGGAGAAGGGAUGCAGCACAUCUUGCAGAGGGUGGUCAGCGCCAGCUGAUGGUAUUGAAGGAACGUUCCCAGGAACGACAACUAGAAGUAAAUAUGUUGCAGUUCCGUGUCAGUCAAGCAGAGAGGGCGUUAGCCAAUGAAGACAACCAUGUAUUCUCACUUGAAAGACAACAGCUUGAGUUACAAAGGGCAAUGAGAGAUCGCCAGGAAGAAAUCAACAUGCAGCAGGAAUUGUUAAAAAUAAAAAAGCGGGUUCUGGAAGAAGAGAAGUCUAAGUUAAUACUAGAAAUACAAGGACGAAAGCUUAAAACAGCACAGCUUCAAUCAAAAUAUGAAAUAGCAAUGAUGUCACUUGGUAGAGCAGAAGAAGGAGAGGAGGUGUCAAUAGCAACUAUAAAACUCAAGGCAGCACAGGAGAAAUAUGAGUUGCAAGAGCAGGGCGAUGAACUGGAUGCCAAAAUUCGCAAGGCCGAAAAAGAAAUUCUUGCAAUGGAAAACACUCUGAAAUUGGUUAAUGCUUCAAAUGACACUUACAAGAAGAGCUUAUCAUCCAUUGACACAGAAAGUCCAGAGUAUCAAGAGAAAAGAGAAUUAGAGGCUCAGUAUUACUCUGCAGUUGAUUGUCUUAGACGCAGACAAGCUGAAAUCUCAGAGAUAAACAAGGAUAUUGAGUUGAUGGAGCAAACACUGCAGGAAUUAUUACGAGCUGAAGAUGAGAUACGCUACACAUGGCGAGAUAAAGACCAUGAAGCAGCUGAAUUAGACAGGGAAUUAUGUGACCAGCAAGCUAAGUUAAUACGUGCCGAAGAACAAUUGCAUCGACAACAAAGACUAAUACGUGGUUCCACAAGACGCUCCAUUGAGGAGAAAGACAUAAAAACACGAGAACUACAGGAACAGAAUAUGAGUGCACUGCAACAACUAGCUGAACUUGUAGCACGACAUGUGGAGACUGGUCCCGUUGUCAGUCGCUAUCUAGUUGAGAAAGGUCUUGAGUUACCUAUUACAGCACGUACCCAGAGUUCUCGCUCACUUGCAGCGACAUCUGUCUCCUCAGCUGAUGAAAAAAGUGACAAGUGUGAUGUUUCAACACCUAGCAGUGAUCGCUCUUCGCGCACUCCCACAAGCCCAUCUGUUGUCACUCUUGACCUACCAGUCCAGAGAUUGGAACGGACACCCAGAUCCUCAACACAACAAAAGAGGCACAAGAAGUUCUCUCACUAAACUUGAGAGAAGUUUCCAAUAACGAUAGUAAUUUUUUUAGUGUUAUUUUCUGUUGAACAACUCUCCUUCAAUUUCAGUGUUUUCCAUACAUAAGUUCAUAAGUAUUAGAAGUCACACUUUUGGAAAAAUUUGAAGUACUGUUAAUUUUCUGAUUGGCUUAUGCUUUAUAUUACACUAGUAAUGAAAGCCCCUUAUCUUUAUGAAUAUGUCAUGUUAUUACACAAGACAGUUAUUUUCAUAUAAAUUGAUCAUUUGUUCUGCACAAAAACUGUCAGAAAAUGUCUAUAUUUUUAAGUUAUUAGUUAUAAAUUAUGAAUCAUGUCUGUCACACUAUACAUCUUUUAACGAAUAGUAUUCUGCAAGACAUCAUUGUAUAUAUUUAUAAAAAUAUGCCAAAAUUUCAGAAUAUUUUUCAAAUUUUACAGUAUAUCAUGCAAAAGUAAUCUUGACAGUCCUUCAAAUUCUCUACAUUACAGUCCAUACAUAUUACAAGAACAGAUAUGUGUGUGUGUGUGUGUGUGUGUGUGUGUGUGUGUGUGUGUGUGUGUGUUUUCCACAUCGCCUCCUAAACCCAUGGACCGAGUUCAACCAGACUUGGUACACAUAUCUCUUUCUGUUAGGCAACAGUCGCUGUGGGGCUGAGAACCACCUACCUAUCAUAGUUCAGGAGACAUGACAUCAUGAACAGAGAGAUACAUGAAAAGCAUCCGCAUCAUGCAUGACACUUAAGUGAUUACUUCUGUGCUACUAACUGUAUUCCUAAUAAUAUUCACAAUAUAGUAGAGAUGCUGAGUUGCAGAUAGGAACAACAAAAAGUCUGUCCAAAUUUCUUUUUGUUGUGCCUUUCUGCAACUCAGCAUUUCCGCUAUACGGUGAGUGGUGACUUUCCUUUUCAGACAUUGUUACAUUCCAAUCUGGAUUUUCCAUUGUUUGAUUUUAUUCCUAAUAAAUUUUGUAUGCAGUAUCCACAUAUGCCACCAAAUGCACGUGCAAAAGUGUAUACCAAACAUAUUUCAGGAGAUAUGGCAUCAUAACCACUGAGGUAAAUGAACAACUGCCACAUUGUGAAUGAUGUUUAGAGCUAUUACUUCUUUGUUACUAACUCUGUUCACAACAUAUUUUGCUAACAGUAUCCACAUAUACUGCUGAAUGUACCUACACAAAUAUGUCAUUGUACAGCACAUAGUUCAAGAGGUAUAUCAUAAACUCUGAGAUACACAAAAAAAUGUCCCAUCAUGCACAAAGUUUUAAUACCUUAUUCUUUACUGCAAAGCCACUUCUGCAAUAAAGUCAACUUAAGGAAAUUCCUGACACUUGUCAGCACUUUUGACAGCUUUUAACUGCAAAGCACAAAUGGCUGUAGGCGAAAAUGAUAGCCAUCUAUAGAGCUAUGAAGAGGCAUACCAAUUGAGACAUUUACAAAACAGCUUUGUAGAUGUGCAAAUCAGUUUCAUCCAGUGUACAGAGACUGUCUGGGAUCAUGUUUCUUAAUUUGGUUACUGUAAUUACACAUUUGCACAUUAUGCCUAUUUCUUUUGACAAAUAUUUCAUAAUUUGAAAGGUAUUUUUAUGAAUGGAUAGAAAGAAAUUUUUUUCAAUACUUCACUACAAACACAAUUCUUUUUUUCCAUUUCUGAUAGAAAAUUGGUAAAAUAAAUACCCCGGGCAAUGCUGAGUUUCUCAGCAUGUAGUAUAUAAAAUUAAACCCGUGUAAAUAAUUAAACUAGUUUUUAUACAUUUAUUUAUGUAAUGGUCCUGUAAAUCUAGUGUUGUAAAACAGACAUUGGACCAGCUCAUAAGUAAUAUGAACAUUGCUUACAAUAAAACACACAUAUUUUUCAAGUACAAAUAA